AUGGAAGGAGAGCUUUAUUCUGCUCUCAAGGAGGAAGAGGCCUCCGAAUCGGUUUCCAGUACAAACUUUAGUGGUGAAAUGCACUUCUAUGAGCUUGUAGAGGACACGAAAGAUGGGAUCUGGCUGGUACAGGUCAAUGAAUGGUCCUUGAAGAUAAGGAAAGAAAUGAGAGUGAUUGAUAGACAGAUCAGAGAUAUCCAGAGAGAAGAGGAGAAGGUGAAGCGGUCAAUAAAGGAUGCUGCCAAAAAGGGUCAGAAGGAUGUGUGUGUGAUCUUGGCAAAGGAACUGAUCCGCUCUCGAAAGGCUGUAAGCAAACUCUAUGCCUCCAAAGCUCACAUGAACUCUGUUCUCAUGGGGAUGAAGAACCAGCUCGCUGUCCUGAGAGUAGCAGGUUCAUUGCAGAAGAGCACGGAAGUCAUGAAAGCUAUGCAAAAUCUAGUAAAAAUCCCUGAAAUCCAAGCGACGAUGAGGGAGUUGUCCAAAGAGAUGAUGAAGGCUGGUAUUAUAGAGGAAAUGCUGGAGGACACCUUUGAAAGCCUGGAGGAUCAGGAGGAAAUGGAAGAGGAAGCUGAGAUGGAAAUCGACAAAAUCCUUUUUGAAAUUACAGCUGGGGCCUUGGGUAAAGCACCUAGUAGCACAGCCGCUCUCCCGGAGCCCGACCCCAGGGGAGCGGCUGCCGCUGUUGACGAGGAAGAAGACAUUGAAGCAAUGCAGUCGCGAUUAGCUACCCUCCGUAGCUAAGGAUGGAGCGAAUGUGUACAGUUUGCCUUUUCUUUUUCUUCUUUUUUUGCAAUGGGAUAUUCUGUCCUGCAUUCAAAAUGCAAAACUUAAUAUGUGAGAAUACUUUAUGUAAUAUAUAUAUUUUUUUUUUUUCUUCCUGGGGAGUGUAUUCUCCAAGAAACUACUGUAAUAUACUUCUUCUUGGGGAGUGCAGUCUGUAGAGAUUAUCUUACCCUUUUCUGUUCGGGCCGUCUCCCCUGUGAGAGGCUGUGGUGAAAUGGCAACGGUGGUGUCACGUUACGUAUUUUUAGAUAUAAAGUCCUGAAAUACAUUCUUAGCUUCAAGUACCAUCUUUCCCUGAAAGGCACUUUGGCUUAAUCUGCUACCACAACCCUUCAGUGGCAGGUUCUUUGGUUUUCUGAAUCACUACACAUUUUAUUAAAGCUGCUUUUAACAGUCG